AUGGGCCGAUGCUGCUGCAACAGCCGGGUGCUGUGCCUGUGCCUGCUACCCUGCAUGAUGAUGAGCCACCUGCUCAUCUACAUCCUGGUCUCUAUCGUGGUCACCAUCUCCUACAACAACAACAACAACAAUAACAAUGUCAACAUGCCGCCGCCGCUGCCCCUGCACUUUGUUGCCCCUGGGGCCUCUAAGAACACCGUUUCGGUGGCCUCGCACCCGCUGGGGCCCUUCUGGAACCUGCGGCUCCAGGACGGGGCCCUGUGGAACCGCCUGCAGCACCAGCUGGACCGCCGGCACAACCCCAUCCUCCGAGGGGGGAAUAGAAGCUCGUAUGGGGUGUUGGGUGCGGGAAUUGAGACCAUAACGUCUCUACAUGGCUCCCCUUCCACGCUGUGUGGACUUCAGCCUCAGAGGGCCUCAAUGCUGCCAGACUUCACUGGUCUGCCACAGCAGAUGAGGGACUUUGUGCUGUCCAUGGACUGCAGGAGCUACAGGCUGCUGGUGGACCAGCCGAAUCUGUGUUGGCCACAGGGGAAAACCCAGGGGGGCCCCACCACUGGCACAGAGGGGGGGCACAAGAGGAGCACGGAGCCACCUUUGCUGCUCAUGGCUAUCAAGUCACAGGUGGGCAACUUUGAGAGUCGCCAGGCGAUUCGGGAGACGUGGGGGAGGAGCGGCUGGGUAUCCGUGGACACAGGUGGAGGAGGAGGAGGAGGAGGAGGAGGAGGAAGAGGGGGCCUGGUGCGGACGGUGUUCCUCCUCGGCCGUCAGGACUCGUCCACAGGCCCUCACCCCAACCUGGACGCCCUGCUACAGCUGGAGAGCCAUCGCCACGGCGACAUCCUGCAAUGGGACUUCCGUGACACAUUCUUCAACCUGACCCUGAAGGACGUGCUCUUCUGGGAGUGGUUCGCACACCGCUGCCCCGGUGCCCGCUUCAUCUUCAAAGGCGAUGACGACGUGUUUGUACGCACAGGGCUUCUGAUAGACUACCUGCUUGACCAGCAGCCUCGCGUGAUGCCCGCCUCACCCGGCAGACAUGUUGGCGGCAGUAACGAGGCUGUGUGGGACUUCCUGGUUGGUGAUGUCAUAAGUCAUGCUUGGCCCCAUCGGCAGCCGGACACCAAGUACUUCAUCCCGGAGAGCUUCUACGCGGGGGUGUACCCAGCGUAUGCGGGCGGGGGAGGCGUGGUGUACUCGGGCUGGCUCGCCAGGCAGCUCGGGGACGUGUCGCGGCGGGUCCACUUGUUUCCCAUCGACGACGUGUACCUGGGCAUGUGCCUGCGCAGGCUGGGCCUGUCCCCGACGCACCACCCGGGCUUCAUGACCUUUGACCUCCCCGAGGGGGAGCGGGACAAGCCGUGCGCGUACCGCAACGUCAUCCUGGUGCACAAACGCAGCCCGCGGCAGAUGCUGAUGCUGUGGAGGCAGCUGAGGGAGCAGCUUCCUUCCUGCUGA